UUGGUUCCUUAAAUAGACACAUCGGGUCAACUUCCUGUUACAAAGACAGAAGAAAUGUUACACCAAAACCCUUCAAAUACUAGAAUUCAGCCCAAAUGGGAGGCAUUCUAUCAAAUUUGACAGGAUCUCCAGAAACUAGUGAAACCCAGGGUUGUAAUAAAUUUUGGGGACAUGUCACGAGAGAACUGUAUGAAGUGUUCAGGAAAUAUGAUGAUGGAAAUGGCAGGAUACCAUUGUGUCAACUCAGGAAAGCUUUCAAUGAAGUACAUCUGUAUCCGUCAAAAUCACAAAUUUAUGAGAUGGUACAAUGUGCUGUAGAAUAUGGCAGCCCUUGUGAACCAGACCAUGUGACCUUUGGAGAAUUCUGCAUCCUUGUAACAGAGCUUAAAAAUCAUUAUCAUAACUGUCAUAAUAUUAUUACACCAAAACCAAAGAGUUUAUACAGAGAGAAAAAGACCGAAUCAGACAGUAUUAAAUGGAAAAAGAGAGAAAACACAACACAUUUCCAAGUUUUCCUUGGAGGCUCAUGUAACCCUACAACAUGGAGACAGGAGCUGGCUAUUCCAUUUCUAAAGUCACAUGGCAUCACAUUUUAUAAUCCUCAGGUUCAAAACUGGAGACCAGAACUACUUGAACUUGAAGCACAAGCCAAAGAGAAUGCUGACAUCAUGUUCUUUGUUAUAGACAAGGAAACAAGAGGAAUAUCAUCUAUGAUUGAAGUAGGAUACCUAGUCGCUAGCAAGAAACAAGUAAUACUAGUGCUGACAGAGAUAGAAGACAAUGAUACAGAAUGUAAAAGAGUAUUUACUGAACAGGAAAAGUGUGAUUUAUGCAGAGGACGUAAGAUAUUAGAAGAUCUGGUAGAGAGGAAUUCUGUUCCAGUAUUUACCGAUAUAGAUACAGCUUUGAAAUGUACAGAAAUUGUCCUGAAUCAGGGUCUGAGAGUCCAAGACUUAGACUUACAGCAUGGUGCUCAACCUGUAAUUCAUGGACAUAUUCCUGUUGGGGAAACACUACUACAAAUGAGAGAAGCCUUUAACUCCAUGGACAGUGCUAGUUUUACUACAGUAGAUGAUCAACAACUGACUCCUCAAGAAUUAAAGCUGGCUUAUAAAAGUUGUACAGGAAAAGAUCUGGAUAGUAAAUGGUUAAAGAAAAAAGACAAACAUUCUAAAUAUUACUUUGAGGAGUUCUGUUGUAUAAUGGUAGAAAGUCAAGUUCAGACAGGUACUGUACAGAAGAAGAUAACAAGUUUUAUAUCCACUAUACUUGGCAAAUUCUCUGGCCAUUCAAGCUGUUCCAUGCCUUGUCAUUCAGAGAAAGACUUCAGGGAUGUGUAUUUAGGGGGCAGCUGUGGGGACUCUAACUGGAGAGAUAAGAUUGCUAUACCAAUUCUCAGGAAAAAUGGGAUAUCCUAUGUCAACCCAUUUAUAUCAGGGUAUAACCAGAAACUGAUACCAAUACAAGUGCAAGCUAGAGAGAAAUGUAGACUCUUACUUUAUGUGAUAACAGAUAGGACCAGGUCACUGUCUUCAAUGAUAGAGGCUGGUUACUAUGUUGGAUUAGGAUGUAAAGUUAUACUAUGUAUACAGCAGAUUAAGGAGGGGGCACUGAUAGGAGGAGAAAAGAUUUCUGAAUGUGGAAUGAAAGACUAUGCUCGAGGACGUGCAUACUUAGCAGAUUUAGCCAACAGAGAAGGAGUACAUAUAUUUGAAGACAUUAUAGAAACUGUAAUGUAUUGUGUUAGUUAUCUACAAGAAAUGUCUGUAGACACUGGAUAUUGAAACUCAUAGAUUAAGUCCAUAGGACUGUGCAAUUAUCUGUGCUUGACCAGGUCAGGAUCAUCACACCAAACACAUGGCUGCAGUGUUCUAGUCAUUUGUUAUGACUGUCUCCAAGUAUGUGCCAGAAGUGGUGAUAAAGGAAUAUUCAGGAGUUGUUAUUAUAAUCAGGUUGUGUUUAUUGACAGUAACAAUAUAUAAUUCAGGAAUUAUCAGCUUUAAAAAAAUAUGUCUCUCUGAAAAUACCAAAGCUAGCUAUAGUUGAAGUCAGGGUUCUACAUGUAUCCAUUUUGUAAUAUCAUUGAAUGAUUAUUUAAGUGGCUUUAUAGCAUUAUUAGGCAUAAAGUUUAUAUGAAAGUAGGCUGGCUUAAAUCAAAAUUUAGUGAUUGUGUUCAUGUUUAUGUCUAAUGUGUUUAAGAAUAUUGUGCGUAACUUUAUUUAUACAUUUCUAUGUUAGUGAAAAAGAAUAAAAGGUAAUUAUUACAGUGUCCUAGACAGCAGCUCCCCUCUUCCUUUUCUGUACUGCCUUCUGCUUACAGUUCUCCCUUAUGUAAUUUUGUUCUCUGAAGGAAAAUGUAUGCUUAUCAAUACAAAGAAAAUCAUUUAAACUUCUGGAAAAGCUUUUUACAAUCAAAAGAUGCCAUAAAUCAAAAUAAAAAGCCAUAAGUUUAUUUAAUUAUUCAUGUCUUUUAUAGAUAAACAUGAUAACUUGUCCCUUUUGAAGUUUUUUUACAAGAAACCUCCCUAACAUGCGCUUCAUCUUAAACUAUGACCCUCUGACCUGAAAUCCUAGCUAUCAUAACCCACUCUAGGAGUGGGAGCUACUUUCAAUUUUAACCUUGUCCAUCUGUCUGUUCUUUUGUCUCUCUGUUAGUCCAACAAAUAUGUCCAUCAAUUUUUUCUCAGGUACUUCUGAACUGAAUGACUUCAUUGUAAGUCAGUAAUUUGACAAUGAUGAUUUAUGAUAGCUCUUUUGAUAUCUGUUGAACACCAACUUACUGUUUGCUUAUACUGUGAAAUUUGCAAUAUGUUGAAUCUUAACAUUUACUAUCACAUAUUUCGGCAGUACAACGGAUCAAAAUGACUUCAUGUUUGGUCAGCAGCUUAGAAGUGAUGAGUUGUACCACAUGAGCUUUUUCAGAUCUAUCAGAGUUGUAUAUACUAAUAUUCGUGGAUUUCGUGUAAAGGUAAACAAUGAAUUUAAAGUUCAAUGAAGGUGAAAUUCUCUACGAGGUUGUAUGCAGACUUUGACAAAAUCUUAAAAUCAAAUAUUCAUGAAAAUACAAGUUUUCCUCAACCAAAGAAAACUGGUCUCCAUGAAAAUAAAUGAAUUCACAGUACCUUGAACUACUAGUACUAGUAGGUGUAUACUUAGCACAACACUUUUUCAAGUCUUAUAGUUCUGGGACCAGUUUAUUUUGUAAACAGAUAUUACAUGGCUUAAAUAGGAAAUUUUAAAAAUAAUUUCUUUACAAUAAUUUGCAUACUGAAUUUUUUUCCUGGUAAAAUUUGAUUGAAAAUUUUUAUCCAUUUCUGUUUUAAAAUUAUGCUUUUUCCAUCCCUAACAUCCUAUCAGUCUGCUUGUAUAAUAACAUGAAAGGGUCUUUUGUGUGAAUGAUUAUGAUGAAAAUGAAUAAUGAUACAUCACCACUGUAUGAUGUGGUUAGUAUACUCAUGGUUUUGUAAAACGAGCUGUUAAUUGUGAUUCAUGUGGAAGUCAGUCAUUUGUUCAUUCUUUGUAGUACAUUUGUUUUUCUUUCUGUCCCAUUUUUGUAUACUAAACUGAUAACCAUAUGAUGCUAUUGUGCACCUUUUUUUGUUUUUUUAUCAGAAUAAUUUUUAUAAUUUUCUUUAGAAAAUCAUGUACACACGUCAUUACACAUUUAUAUUCCCUUUACCUCCCAAACCAUAAAUCAGAAUUUAAUGAAAUUAUAAUGCUAUUUUUUACCUCCUAAUUUGUUAUUUUAUAUCAAAUAAUUUUUUAGUGUCCCUAACCACAGCAUGGACUUUGUACAUGGGUAUCAUUUUAUGAGCUUUUCUCUCAGUGUUUAACCUGUUGAUAAAUAUGAAUGACUAGUUUAAACUCUGUCUUAAUUACAAAAUACAUAAUUAACAUUAGUCUUGAACCAAAGAAAUAAAUUGGAAAGCACUUUACAUUAUUAUGAUUAACUUAUAUAGUCUUAUAAUAGAAAAUUAGUACUAUACUGCAACCUUUUCCAAGAUGAAUAAGAAAUACACAUAUUUGUCUGUUAAAGUUUUAUGUGUUACAUUUUUGUACCAAUGUCUAGGAAAGAAGGAUUAACUGAGUACAAUGUACUUUGUCUUUUAGACAAUUUUAUCAGUAAACAAGAAGACUUAUUAAUUGAUAUAAUAUUAAUGUAUCAGAUGUUUUGUUAGAUUAUAUUUUGUUUUGGAUAUCAUAUUUGUUAUUUGUAAAACUCUACCAAAAAAUUAUUUCAGUGAUCAAUAAUCUUAUCUUGAAAUACAAUGUAGUUUUGUUUUUACUGGUAAGUGGCACUGGAUCACAGUGAUGAGUGCAAAGCAGUUGCAGAUUUAUUUUUUCUAAAAGUCAACUUUUUUUUAAAAUCAUUUUAUUAUUAAAACUUAAAAUUUUAAAUGAUAAAAUAUUCAUUCUUUUUCAACUAAUCAAAAUUAAAUCUCCGCACUUGCUUAUUUUUUUAUUCUGGGUCGCUGAGCGAGUGCAGAGAUUUAAUUUUAAUUAGAUUGAUUCUUUUUGGUUGUAUGAUGAAAUUUCAUUUUAAUACUGUUUGAAAAUGUGAAAAUUUAUACCUAUAAAAUUACAUGCAAAAACAUUUUGUAGUAUUUAACUCAUUAGAUGGAAAUGAAUGUUAAAUUGUUUAAUUUCUUAUUUAUAUAUAUAUAAAACUGCUUUUUAAUUACGGUAUGAUGAACCAGUAUUACACCCUGUGUGGGAAAAUUAAUUAUUUCGUUUAAAUUAUAACUUAUGAGUAAGAUUUAUGAUCACAGAAAUAGCUUUCUGGAAAAGUGUAUAGCUUUUUGAAUAAAGAUUUGUUUAUUUGUA